AUAUUCUUUUCCGUGGUCGAAUGAAGCCUCGGAGUCAGGGGCGAGGGAGGAGCAGCAAGGAAGCGCAAUGCGCAGUUCUACGGAAUGUUCUUUCUUGACAGCAGCGAACCACCGAUACAGUACUUACAAUGUGUUGGCAAUUGAACCGAGUCCAACCGAGUCCUGUUGACAUCAGAUCUUCUUGCUGUUUUUGGUGCGCCGGCCUGUAGAGUGUAGUUGCUGCAGAUGCUGACAAGAUGAGGUCCUUUAUUUUCUGUACUUUCCUUUGUGGUCGGGUUGUGGUCAUUUAGUUCAUUGCUAAGUGGUCAUCAGGGCAAAGCAUAGAAACAUUUACCAGGAAGAGUUAGAGAAAUGGCAUCUACUGUCAGAGCUCCCUCAGCACUCCCUUCAUCACCAAUGGCUGCAUCAGCACAGGCAUCACCACGGUCUCGCAUUGUUCCCAGGGGUUUCCAUAUACCUCCCCCUUACAGCUGCACUGUAGUGGGUUUGAGCAAUCGAAGUUGCAACUGUACUGCAGUGGAAAUGUGGAGAGAGAACGCUGAAAGGAGGUCAGAACUCGGGGGCCGCGGCAGUCAGCACAUGAUGCAAAAGCAUGGAGUUACUGCCAUAGGCUUAGCGACGGCCAAGGGAACAGCACAAAGGCAGAUUGCGAUUCGAAGGAGGCCACGUGUGGUUACGGUCGUGCAAGCAUUGAUGCAGCCGGUUUUUGAGAAAGAUACUCAAGACCGCGGCCGCCAGACCUUCGAGCUGAAGGUCUUGGACGACUUCCCGGUUCUGCAUGUUGCAACAACUCUGGACCAACUCUUGAAGGAGUACGACCUGUCACUAGAUCCACGCUCUCUCAGUCAAACUUGCCUCGACGUGCAAAAAGUUGCGGUUGCAGAUGGAUACCCAAUCUGCGAGGUCGGAUACAUGGCCAACGCAUUGGAGGGCGCAGGAGUACCAGAGGGGCUGGCCCUGCUAAUGGCAGUAGAGAUUGCGGAUGCGUUUUCAUCGUUUACAGGGGACUGCCAUGAUCCGGGGGUGGUGCUUUUGGGACGGGAAGGUGCUUCAUUUCCAUCCAUCAAAAAGGGCGUGCUACUGUGGGGCAGUCUUCUCGCUGCUGUGUCAGCAGUGCUCAUCUUCCAUGGCUCGUCUAGCCCUGGUGCAAGUGGCUUCGGCUUGCUACCUCUUGCUCACAGGGACCUCUUCCUUCCAUCUAUGCUCCAGCUUCUGGUUGACUUAUGUUGCUGAAGACGGUCACCGCAUGCAGUAACGCUCGAGGGAACACAAAUCGGAGCUGCGGAAGUCUGUAGGAUGGUCGUUGAAAGUGAAGUGGCCACGUCGCGAUGCGCCGCAAGAUAUUGUUUCUAUUUCUCGUGAGAAUCGUUCAAUUCUUAUAUGUUGUACAUAGUUGUCAUCUUGUCAAUCUGGAGUCCUUGGGUCUAGGGGCUGUGUAGACUUCGGAAAGACCUUGAUCAUUUUUGGCUGUGUACAAAGUUAAUUGACAUCUACAGCCAUUUGGAUAAGUUUCCUUUGAGCAAUAUAGCACUUCGAAGAUGCAGUAAGUCAAUGUUGAGGCAGUGGGCGACAUAUGUGGUGUCAUCAUUGCAAACACUUUGCGAUUGACUCGCUACAGUUGUGUAGAUGUGUUAGAGUGCCGGCCGCCCUUAUUACUUUCCACCAAGCGGCU